CUCCUUCUCCCCCUCCUCCCGGCGCAGCCCGCCCUGCAGGGCAGAGGCAGAGCAAGGACAUGUCCCCUGCUGGGAACAGCCUUCCCGAGUCUCCCGCAGACAAAGGAAGAACACAGGCGGGGGCUGAGUUGAGAAGGCGGAAUGCCGGAAGACAGAACACGGUUCCUCCUCACGCUGCUGAUCCACAGUCAGAUAACUGAUUGGAUCCCAAGGAGAUAGUUUUCAUUUUCUCAAAGAAAAGGCAGAAAGUUGCAGCCAGUGGCAUUUACCAUCAUGGAGGCCAAGGGUGGUGACAGUGCCAGGGAGGGACCUGCCUCCUCCCGCAGGAGGACGGCCACCAUGGAAGACAACCGCUUGUUGAUCAAAGCUGUUGAAGAGGAAGAUGUCCAGAUGGUCCAGCAACUGCUGGAAAGAGGAGCCGAUGCCAAUUUCCAGGAGGAGUCAGGGGGCUGGACGGCUCUGCACAACGCAGUGCAAGCCUGCAGGGGGGACAUCGUGGGCCUUCUGCUCCGCCACGGUGCGGACCCUUGCCUGAGGAAGUGGAACGGGGCCACUCCCUUCAUCGUCGCCGCGAUCGUGGGAAACGUGCCGCUGCUCGAGCUUUUCCUCUCCAAGGGAGCAGACGUCAACGAGUGUGAUUGUAACGGCUUCACGGCCUUCAUGGAAGCCGCCCAGUACGGGUGGGUGGAAGCCUUGAGAUUCCUGCACGGGCGCGGCGCGGGCGUGAACGCGAGCAGGAAGCCCAAGGUGGGCCAAGAGCGGCUCAGGAAAGGAGGCGCCACGGCGCUCAUGGACGCUGCCGAGGAAGGCCGCCUGGAGGUCGUGAGGGUUCUCCUGGAUGAGAUGGGGGCAGAUGUCCACGCCCGCGACAACAUGGGCAGAAAUGCCUUGAUCCACGCCCUCCUGAGCUCCCGCGAUGGCAACGUGGAGGCCAUUGCGCGCCUCCUGCUGGACCGUGGGGCCGAUGUCAACGCCAGGGGAGAAAGGGGGAAGACGCCCCUGAUCCUGGCCGUGGAAAAGAGGCGCGUGGCUGUGGUGCAGAUGCUUCUGGAGCGAGAGCACAUAGAGAUCGACGACACAGACAGCGAGGGCAAGACAGCGCUGCUGAUUGCCGUGGAGCUCAGGCUGAGCGACAUCGCCGGGCUGCUGUGUGCCCGGGGAGCCAGCACAGGCUGUGGGGACCUGGUCGCCAUAGCCAAGCGGAAUUACGACACUCGCCUCGUGAAGCUUCUCGUCCGUCACGGAGCUACGGAGUGUUUUCGCCCUCCUGCUGCGGACUGGAAGCCUCAGAGCUCACGCUGGGGGGCAGCCCUGAAAACGCUCCACCGAAUGUACCGCCCUAUGAUCGGCAAACUCAAGAUCUUCAUGGACGAAAGUUAUAAAGUCGCUGACACUUCUGAAGGGGGCGUCUACCUGGGGAUCUACGAGGAGCAAGAGGUAGCUGUGAAGACGUUCUGUGACGGCAGCGUGCGUGCACAGCAAGAAGUCUCCUGUCUGCAAAGCAGCCGAGAGAACAGUAACUUGGUGACAUUCUAUGGCAGUGAGAGCCGCAGGGGCUGCUUGUACGUGUGCGUCACCCUCUGUGAAGAGACUCUGGAAGCGCGCUUGGCUGCGCACAGAGGGGAAACUGUGGAAAAUGAGGAAGACAAGUUUGCCCGAAACGUCCUCCUAUCGAUAUUCCAGGCUGUUCGAGAACUACACUUGUCGUGUGGGUACACUCACCAGGAUCUGCAGCCACGGAACAUCUUAAUAGAUUCUAAGAAUGCUGUUCGCCUGGCAGAUUUUGAUAAGAGCAUCAAGUGGGCUGGAGAUCCCCAGGAAAUCAAGAGAGAUCUGGAGGCCCUUGGACGGCUGGUCCUGUAUGUGGUAAAGAAGGAAGACAUCUCUUUUGAGAAGCUGAAGGCUCAAAGUAAUGAAGAGGUGGUUCUACUUUCUCCGGAUGAGGAAACUAAGGACCUCAUUCGUCUUCUGUUCCACCCUGGGGAAAACAGGAGGGACUGUCUGAGUGACUUGCUGGGUCACCCCUUCUUUUGGACUUGGGAGAGCCGCUAUAGGACACUUCGGAAUGUGGGAAACGAAUCCGACAUCAAAAUGCGAGUUUCUGAAAGUGAGAUCCUCCAACUCCUGGAACUUGGACCAUCUGAACAUUCCAAAAGUUUUGCUAGGUGGACUGAAAAGAUGGGCAAGCUGAAGCACAGACAAUUCUUUCAAUCACAGAGAGCCAGUGAGGGUGCGACAGGAUUUGAAGCUGGGAAGAAUGGCUGCAGAUGCCGUGUGCUUAAGCUGCCCCGCUGCACAAAGCUGUUAAUAGGAUGGUGUCCAGCCCACCAGCUCAUUUAAUUGCGGAGGCAACUGAGACUCGGAGAUGGGACCCGAAUUACCCGUGGCUGGAUGGCCAGAGAUGGGCAGAGCUGGGAAGGAAAAUCUGUUUUUGUUUGUUUCCCAAUUCAUUGGGUCUUUCCCCUAAAUUUUAUUGACUUAUAUUGAAUUUUGAUUGACUUCAAGUUUUACCAUUUGGUUCCCAUUUCAGACUUUGUUUUCUGGUUGAUUUUAGCGACCUGCUCAUUUUCAGUUCACGUAGUUUUGUCAGCACAUGUCUAGAGCCCCAGUUGUCCGGCGUACACAGCCGCAUUUGUUCUUGGCCGCCCCAUGCUGAGCACAUCCGCGCUGGGUGAUUCGGCCAGUGGCGACAGCACCAUCACUAGUGUCGGUCUGUCACGGGUUACUCUUCCUAAGUGACCCUCUGGCUCCAUGGUUGUUACAUCUUGUUCUCUUAGCCCAAACUCUUUCUAAAUAUGGGAGUCAUCUACAAGGAUGACAAGCACAGAGAAAGAGGAAGGCCACGUGAGAGAAGUUCCCUGGGGCACCUAGAGGCAAGGGGCCUCUUGGAAACAGACUUUAUGAAAACAAAACCAAACAGACGAAAAACAAGCAUGCUCACUUUGGCAACGGCUGCCAGGCCUGGGGUCAGUCUGAACAACCCUCUUUAAGGAGGAUUAUGCGAUCAAGUAUGAAUUUCAAAGGUGGGCCACAAGGAUAAAAAUACUGUAUAGUACAAUGAACAAAUUUUCUAGGAGAGUAGUCGAAGAUGUUUUUAAACCAGGUUUUAAUAUAUUCAAAUUUUUAUGAAAAUAAUUUAGUUGAAAAAUAAAGACAAAAAUUUACAGUUACUAACACUUCCACUCCCAGACACAAUUAUAGUUAGCAUUUUGCUAUACAAUAUUUAUUUCAUUCUUUGCUCUCUACUAAUUUAUUUUAGUAAUUAGUGGUGAUUGCAACAUAUAUUCAUUCAACUUUAUACUUUGCCUUUUGGUAUUCAUAGUCCAUCAGUAUUUAUUCUGUAUUGCCACCACAUUUUUGUGUCACGUUUUGUU